UAUCUUCGACACAAAAACAAAGGCUAUAUUAGGAUAUCCCACAUCUUCAAAACUAAAAUGGUCCUUGGAUUCAUCCUUGUGAUACUCUGUUUUUCAAAUGUCUUCCUCAUGCURUGGAAAAUAAACCAAGGAAUCCCCUGGGCUCCAGCAAUCAUCAUUACCCCUGCAGUGCUGGGGAUUACAACGAUUCUUGCCAUGUUCCUCACCCAGGUGGAAAGAAUGGUGGGCACUCAGUCUUCAGGCAUCUUGCUGAUUUACUGGCUGCUCACAUUCCUGUCUGCAGUUGUGAUGCUUAGUUCCAAAAUCCAACAUGCCGUAGAAGGAGGCUUCCUGGAAGACCCUUUCCACCACAUUUCAACCUACCUCUACGCUAGCCUGGUGCUAGGAGAACUUGUGCUCUUUUGCUUAGUCGAUCAGCCUCCCUUCUUCUCAAAAGCUGCCAACAGCCCUAAUCAGUGUCCAGAAGCCAACACCUCUUUUCUUUCCAAAAUCACAUACUGGUGGUUCUCUGGGCUUGUCAGGAAAGGCUAUCAGCAAUCCUUGGAUGUGGAUGACCUGUGGUCAGUGAGGAAAGAAAACUCCUCAGAAGAAAUUGUUGCCCAUAUUGAAAGAGAAUGGAAAAAAUAUCGUAGCAAAUCAGAGCAAAAAAUGGAGUCCAUGACAUUUAAAAGGGUUAAGAAGAGUGAAACUGGCUUAGCAGAAGCUGAGGAGACGCAGGUUCUGCUGCAAUCAGAGCAGAGUCAGAGUGGGCCCUUACUGAAAGCGCUAUGGAGCAUGUUUGGAAGCUAUUUUCUGCUUGGCACCUUCAGCUUAGUUAUCUGUGAUGUCUUCUUGUUUUCCAUCCCCAAGUUACUGAGCCUUUUCCUGCAGUUCAUUGAAGACCAAGAAGCCCCUAACUGGCACGGUUAUUUCUAUGCCUUCACUCUGUUCCUGCUGGCUUGUCUCCAGACUCUGUUUGAACAACGAUAUAUGUACAUGUGUCUCGUUCUGGGACUGAGACUAAGGACUGCGGUAACAGGGCUCGUGUACAGGAAGAUCCUAGUCAUGUCAAAUGCAUCAAGAAAAGCAGCAACAGUGGGUGAAAUAGUUAAUCUGGUGUCUGUUGAUGUCCAAAAGCUAAUGGAUCUCAUUAUCUAUUUUAAUGGGACCUGGCUUGCUCCUAUUCGGAUUAUCAUUUGUUUUGUCUUCUUGUGGCAGCUUCUUGGGCCAUCUGCCUUGACUUCAGUUGCUGUGUUUCUUCUACUUUUGCCGCUGAAUUUUGUGAUCACAAAGAAAAGGAGCCAAUUUCAGGAAGCCCAGAUGAAAUAUAAAGAUGAGCGGGCCAAACUCACCAAUGCCAUUCUCAGUGACAUUAAAGUAAUCAAACUCUAUGGCUGGGAGAACAUCUUCAUGGAGAAAGUGCUUGAUAUCCGGAAGCAAGAACUUCAGGCCCUGAAAAGAUCUCAGAUCCUCCUCUCAGCAUCUCUAGCUUCCUUUCAUUCAUCAACUUUCCUGAUUGCCUUUGUCAUGUUUGCUGUCUACACUCUGGUUGAUAACACACACAUCCUGGAUGCUCAGAAGGCUUUUGUAUCUUUAACCUUGAUCAACAUUCUCAACACUGCGCACUCCUUCCUGCCCUUCUCCAUAAACGCUGCAGUCCAGGCCAAAGUAUCUUUAAACCGCUUAGCAACUUUUCUGAAUCUAGAAGAACUGAAUCCUGACAGCUCAAGCAGGAACACUUCUGACUGUGAGCAGGCAAGCAUCACCAUAAGGAAUGGAACUUUCAACUGGAACAAGGAAACUUCUCCUUGUCUUAGAAGGUACAGAUUUACCCUUAAUCAUCUCACUUCUGAAGACCAGGGCACAGUGGCUUAUGUGCCUCAGCAAGCUUGGAUACAAAAUGCUUCAGUGGAAGAUAAUAUUGUCUUUGGGAAAGAGAUGGAUGAAAUGUGGUUUAACAGUGUGAUUGAUGCUUGUGCACUUCAAGCUGAUUUGGAAAGCUUUCCUGCAGGGCCUAAGAGUGAAAUAGGAGAGAAGGGGAUUAAUAUAUCUGGAGGGCAGAAACAAAGAGUGAGCCUCGCUCGUGCAGUGUACCAGAAGGCUUCCAUUUACCUCCUGGAUGAUCCUCUGUCAGCGCUUGAUGCUCAUGUUAGACAGCAUAUUUUUGAACAUGUUCUUGGACCCAAGGGCCUACUGAAAGACAAGACCCGUGUGCUGGUGACUCACACAAUCAACAUUUUGCCCCAAGUGGACAAUAUUGUUGUGCUGGUGGAUGGAUCCAUCUCAGAAGUUGGUUCUUACCAAGAACUUUUGCAGAGAAAUGGAGCUUUUACAGAAUUUCUUCAUUCACACAUUACAGAAGAGAAAGCAGACUCUGGUUUACCAGCUGUAGGAGACACCAAAGGCACCGUCACUUCUGGGAAUGGUCCAUCAUGGGAGAAGCUCCAUAGCGAAAGUUCAGUCAAGUCUUCUACUAUGAAAAGAGAGACUAGUCUUGCAAAUCAAGACUGCUCCACUGCUGUAGCUGCCCAAGGAAGAUUAACCAAGGGAGAGAAGGCUCCACGUGGCAGGGUUAAUAUUUCAAAUUACGUGGCGUACCUGAGGGCGAUGGGCUCCGUGCUGUGUUUGUACAUCAUUCUGCUGUUCACCUGUCAGCAAAGCGUGUCAUUUUCUCGUGGSUACUGGCUCCGCCUGUGGACAGAUGACCCUGCUCACAACGGGACGCAGCAGCACACAUCGCUCAGGGUUGGGGUCUUUGGUGCACUGGGAGUCAUUCAAGCCCUCUGCAGAUUCAUUUCCACUGCAGCCGUCCUCCUGGGAGGUGUGGCAGCAUCGCACAAGCUCUUUCUGCAGCUGCUGAGGAGCGUUGCUAGAUCCCCCAUGAUCUUCUUUGAGCAGACACCCAUUGGAAACUUGCUGAACCGCUUCUCCAAAGAAAUCGACGCCAUUGAUUCCAUCAUCCCAGACAAGCUGAAGUCCUUGCUUGGAUUCUUGUUCAACCUGCUGGAAAUCUAUCUUGUGAUUAUGGUGGCUACGCCAAUGGCAGCGAUGGCCAUAGUGCCCUUGACGGUGCUGUAUGCUGUAUUCCAGCACUUCUAUGUUGUCACCUCCUGCCAGCUGAGACGCCUGGAGGCUGCCAGCCGAUCACCCAUCUACUCCCACAUUGCAGAAACCUUUCAAGGGAGCAGCGUGAUCCGUGCUUACAAGGACCAAGRGAGAUUUAUUCUAAAAAGCAAUUUCCAAGUGGAUGAGAACCAAAGAAUAUGUUUCCCUGGAGCAGUUGCUGACAGGUGGCUUGCCACAAACCUGGAGUUUCUGGGCAAUGGCAUCGUGCUGUUUGCAGCACUAUUUGCAGCAAUUGGCAGAACGCAUCUUAGUCCAGGAGCUGCUGGUUUUUCUAUUUCAUAUGCUCUUCAGAUAACUGGUAUUUUGAACUGGAUGGUGCGCUCCUGGACAGAAAUAGAAAACAACAUCGUUUCUGUGGAGAGAGUCAGAGAAUACUUGAGGACUCCUAAAGAGGCACCCUGGACUCUAACUGGCAAACCUCAAGGUCAGGCUUGGCUCACUGAAGGAAGAAUUGAAUUCAGAAACUAUAGUUUGCGAUACAGGCCAAAUUUGGAGCUGGCACUGAAGCACCUCAGUCUGACGAUCCAUGGGCAGGAGAAGAUCGGUAUAACUGGAAGAACAGGAGCUGGGAAAUCUACUCUUGCUGCUGGACUGCUGCGGUUGGUGGAAGCCGCAGAAGGAGAGAUUCUAAUUGAUGGAGUAGAUAUUGCUCAAGUAGGUCUCCAUGACCUCAGAACCAAGAUAACUGUGAUACCCCAGGAUCCAGUUUUAUUUUCUGGCUCUCUAAGAACAAACCUUGACCCUCUAAACCAAUACACUGAUGAAGACAUCUGGACAGCUUUGGAACUGACUCAGCUCAGGAACUUCAUUGCAAAUUUGCCAGACCAGUUGGAACAUAAGUGCACUGACCAAGGGGAAAACCUAAGCACUGGUCAGAAGCAGUUGGUUUGUCUGGCCAGAGCACUUCUCCAGAAAGCCAAAAUCCUGGUCCUAGAUGAGGCUACAUCAGCUGUAGAUCUAGAGACUGAUCUUCAGAUUCAGUCCACCCUGAGGACUCAUUUCAAAGAGAGCACCGUGUUAACUAUAGCUCACCGUGUAAACACCAUCAUGGACUGUGACAGGAUUUUAAUCUUGGAAAAUGGUUGUAUUGCUGAAUUUGAUACUCCAGAAAAAUUAAUAGCUCAAAGGGGAGCCUUCUACAGACUGGUGGAAGAAUCAGGCCUUGUCUGACUCACCUGCGGAGCCCACCAUAAUGCAGUACCACUGUUAACCAGGAAUAAUUGAUCUCUUAAUUGAGUUGUUACCUUCAUUUGAUUCUAAAAUGCCCAAUACUCAACCAAAUUGUGCUUGAGCCAUAGCUGCGCUGGGGAGAUGAGCAGAGAUGACUUGGGAUUCCACGUUCAUUAUCUUGUGGCAGUAAGCAUAAGCACAUAUGGACCGUGUUGCCUGUGGGCUGCCUGUCACAGCUGGCAGGGAACCCAUCUCACUUCCAUCAGCUCGGAUGGGGCCUGUGCAAACUGUGCUGCUUGGAGCGCUGACAAAGAGCCUCAGAGGGAGAGAGCCAGCGCAUACACUGGCUUCCUGGUGCAGGAGAGAAUAACUGGGCUGGGAUCCUGCUGCACUUGGAGCAGGGCCACUGUGAAAGCCAGGCAAUUGCCACAGUCACGGCUGAGCUGGUCUGAAYGCCAUCACCCAACAUUUCUAAAGGGAUUUUGUUGCAAGGUGUUUGUGCAGUGCAAAGCAUCUUCCUGCGAUCCAGGAUAUUGUCUGCAGCACGACAGUCCAUCAGAUGAGAAGUAGUGGGAACUCACUUGCUUCAUUCCCAGCUUUCUGCUUGAUCUGCCAUGUACCAUCAGGCAAAGCUCUGACCUCCUAGCACUCACUUUCCCUCCCAGCUUUUCCCUUGUCAGCAGGGAGUGCAAAUGCACCUUGUUUGUGUGGCACAGCACAGCCCUGGCUUGGAGCAGGUGAAAAAAUGGAGCAGUCCUGGAAAGCAAAACCUCUACCACGGUGCUGGGAAUCACCUGUCAGAGCUGCUCCCAUCUUGGGGACACAACARGAACAUGAAACAAAUAGACUGUGAGACUGCGACGUUCAUCGUGACUUUUGUUACAGCACUUUG